CAGAAGCUGACCGCAUAGCAACACAAUUUCAGCUUUUUUGUUGUGAGCCCCUGGCUUCGUAUUUCCAGCAACAGGCAGUAGUUUUUAUCACAAACACUUGGUAGAAGUAUGAAAAGGCAGAUAGCAAACAUUUUUCCGCCGUGAGCAUCAUUAGAUCGUCCACAUUUUGAGCUGUAAAGAAUCACAAAGCGCAAGGAAUUAAUAUUCCUCUCGAUUAAAUCAUUUGGUUGAAUCCAGCGUGUUUUUUUUUCGCUGCCGUCGCUAUGAGCAGCGUAACGACACCACAAGCAGAAUCAUCAUUUGGGAGUCCAAAGGACAGCUCACGUCCGCUUCCAUCCGCCUAUUUAUCAACAUAUAAUAAGGAAUAUAUAGGUUCUUUUGGUCCACCAGCGCCAGAUGCAAGAGUGCGAACCUCGCGGUUUUACCCACCGGGACAACCUUCCGUUGACUCCACGUACAGAACCGAUUUCCUUUGUCACCAGGGAAAAUCUACAAUAAAAGUGCCUUAUGGGACGUCUUCUGGAAACAGAAGCAAUAAUCCUCAUCCUCAAAACAUGGAACAAGUGUUCGCGCAUCCGAUCAAAGAUUAUUUCGUGUGGUCCCACUACCGAAAGCUACCCCCAGUUACUUCUAAAGGGACAGAAUCCUCCAACAGCUCUGAGCUCCUUAAGAAAGUGUGCCAAGACAAGACUCGGUCGACUUAUCAACAGGACUAUGUCCCUCCUAUUCAAGGUAGUAUAAAUGUUCCUUUUUGUGUUGUAAGUACAAUACGAUCAAAAGGAGUUAAUCGAAUAUUUUUUCUCAGAGCAGUGAGUGGUUUGGAUCGGCUCGCUUUUAGUCAGUCAGUUGUCAUGCCAUACCAAGGCGGGAGAUAUCUACCUCCCAUAGCAACUCCAAUACAGACAACGUACCAGAAAGACUACACUAUUCAGUCGGUGGAACCUCCAAAAUCUUUUAAAUACAGAUCUAUCAGCUGCAGUUUACCUCCGAUAAACUUUUCGAACUAUCGUAAUGUUGGCAAAUCAACAAACUACAGAGACGAGUUCCAAGGAACUUUUGGACCAGCAGCUCGGAGCGCCAAGCCACCCCCAUACAACUACCCUUCAGAGGAUCCUAUCGAGGUAUCGACCUACAGAGCGAAUUUCCGAGAGAGCAACUUUCCAAGACAAGGUCCUCACCCCACUUCGCCACUGCGUAAAAACAACCCACACCCAAAAACCAUGACCAAUGCAUUUAAUUAUCCAAACAGGGGCUAUUGGGUAUGGCCACACAGAUUGGAACCAUUUAAGUUUCAGUAACUUAACUUAACUGAUGACCAAAUAUAUAAUUAACCCCAAGAUGCGUUUUGUAGAGUCGCGUGAUGAAAAGGGCUACGUCACUCUAUUCAAGGGCAUUUUAGGCGCAACAAAAAAUUAACUUCAACGAAAUAAGCCUUAAAACAAUUAGUUUGCUGGGGUUGAUCCAUGCGGCGAUAAGGAAAAACAAAUGGAGAUUUGAGCAGUGGAAAAGACUCGAGCGUUUUAAUUUGGAUUCUUUGAAUUCGUGCGUUUUCAAAAAUCUGAAGGGAAUCUCUAAAAGGGGGGAGGGGCAUCUCCAGCACCCACCCCUCUCUCUUAACCUACACACCUGUCCAAACGACGAAGUUGAAGAUUUUAAGCAAUUUUUUUCAAGCUGAAAGCCCGCGACGAGGAUUCAUUAACGCAGAACUUCUUACAGUUGUGUCAAUGAUGUCAAAGCAUUUAAGUAAAACAAAUUAGGGAGUGAAAACCGCAACGUCGAUUUGAUAUCUUCCCACUGAGCAUCAUAAGCAGAGUACCUUUUACAAUCAGUUCUUUGCAUCCAAAGCCAAUAAGCACAAGUAAUUAAAGCUUUCGCAAGAAGUACCAACCCAAGGAGUAAAUACCUGUAUUUUGACAGUUUAAGUAAAUGUAAGUCAUCUCAUCUGUAAGUCAGUUAUGUUAAGUAACCAGAGAGUAUAGUCAUAGUCGAAAAUAUUUUGUGAUUAUAAUAUAUAAGUCAUAGAG